GAGAGGACACCAGGGAACCAGCCCGGAGGGGGAACAGCGACUACAGAACACCCUGGAAAUAGCUCCCAGAAAAUCAAGCAGCCAGCCAGGCGGGUUCUGUCCCUCUCGUACACACCCGGCCCAAGGUUCCACAUCUCCUGGAAAGAACACCAUGAGCACAGAGAGCAUGAUCCGCGACGUGGAGCUGGCAGAGGAGGCGCUCCCCAAAAAGGCGUGGGGCCCCCAGAACUCCAGCCGGUGCCUAUGCCUCAGCCUCUUCUCCUUCCUGCUUGUGGCAGGGGCCACAAUCCUCUUCUGCCUGCUGAACUUCGGGGUGAUCGGCCCCCAAAGGGAAGAGAAGUUCCCCAACCCUAUCAUCGGCUCCAUGGCCCAGACACUCACACUCAGAUCAUCUUCUCAAAAUUCGAACGACAAGCCUGUGGCCCACGUUGUAGCAAACCACCAAGUGGAGGAGCAGCUGGAGUGGCUGAGCCAUCGUGCCAAUGCCCUCCUGGCCAACGGCAUGUCUCUCAAAGACAACCAGCUGGUGAUACCAGCAGACGGGCUGUACCUGGUUUACUCCCAGGUUCUCUUCAGGGGCCAAGGCUGCCCCAGCUACGUGCUCCUCACCCACACUGUCAGCCGCAUUGCUGUGUCCUACGAGGAUAACGUCAACCUCCUGUCCGCCAUCAAGAGCCCCUGCCCCAAGGAAACCCCUGAGGGGGAGGAGCUCAAGCCCUGGUACGAGCCCAUCUACCUGGGAGGGGUCUUCCAGCUGGAGAAAGGUGACCGACUCAGUGCCGAGGUCAACCUGCCUAAAUACUUAGACUUUGCAGAAUCCGGGCAGGUCUACUUUGGAGUCAUCGCUCUGUGAGGACGAUGGGCUGGCUGUCCAUCCAGUCUCUACCCAGCCCCCACUCUGACCCCCUUACUGUCUACUCUUCAGAGUCCAUCUCCCUCUAACUUAGAAGGGUCAGGCUCUGGGCUGACUCAGAAACACAAGCUGCCGGGAUAGUGGCCUGGGCUGUGAGGUCCUCACCAACCACCCACCGUCAAGGAUUCAAACGGUUUCCAGAAUUCCCUGGAGCCUCAAAUGUUGACUCCUGAGCUCUGCGAAGGCGGCCUGGGCUACCUCUGGCUGCUGGCAAAGAUCUCAGGCCUUCCUGUCUCCAGAUUUUGCGGACUCUUCAUUGCCCAGCCAACCUCACAGAGCCCCCCCUAUUUAUGAUUGCAUUUAUGGUUAUUUAUUUAUUAUUUAUUAUUUAUUUAUUUGCUGAUGAAUGUAUUUAUUGGGAAGGCCAGGGUGUCCUGGAGGACCCAGCGUUGGGAGCUGUCAUGAAGUUGACUUGUUUUCUGUGAAAACAGAGCUGAACUAUCAGCUAUUCCCACCUGGCCUCCUGGCCUCCUUUUUGCUUAUGUUUAAAACAAAAUAUUUAUCUAACCCAAUUGUCUUAAUAACACUGAUUUGGUGACCAGGCUGUCGCUACAUCACUGAACCUCUGCUCCCCACGGGAGUCGUGACUGUAAUCGCCCUACGGGUCAGUGUCAGAAAUAAAAAUUGCUUGAAAAAGAAA